AUGUCUGAUUCUCCAGGCUCAACGGGGAGAAUUCACCAUGUCUCGCGACCUCACUGGAUCUUCGAUGCCGCACCACCCAUCCUGGCCACGUCUUCCACCAAUCCCGACUUCCACGUCAACAUCACCACCCCCGCCCUCACCAACCCCCUCUCGGUAAUCGAUCGGGGUACACCCCAGCUCACCCCCUCUUCCGAAGACCCCCCACCGCAGCUCGAGGUCCACCUCCAGCACCACGACACGGCAAGUCAAGACAGCCUAAGGAACAGGCCAAGGCUAGGAACACAGUGCAGUGCCGGCUUCCCGCAGAACCUCGCUGCUCCCCGUCCUCGCCGCCGCGUGCCCGACACCACUGAAAAUCGACCGAUGCCAUUCUCAGAUGCGCAACGACGCAGAAUCGCCGUCUGCUCCUGA